AUGUCAUUUAAUGGAGAAAUGGCAGAAGGCAAGACAGAUCUAGCCAACGGAAGCUUCUCCAGUAGCCCAGAAGACAUGUCUGGAACAGAAGAAGGGAAGGAGAACUCAUCGGGGAUUGAGGUGGAAGCCUCAGACGUAAGCCUAAGUCUCACCGGAGACGAGACGGGCACAAACCGAGCAGAAAGCAGGGACAGUAGCUCUGAGAGCUCGGGGGAGGACAAGGACUCCGACAGUAUGGACGAUACUGGACUGUAUUCCAUUAACGAUGAGAACCGUGGAAAUGACCGUUCACACUCGGAGGACGAGGAGGAGGAGGAAGAAGAGGAGGAGGAGGAAGACAGACUCCGUAAACGAGGCCAAAAAAAGCGAGCCAACAAUGACCAGGACUCUUCUGAUGAUGAAAGGGCUUUGGAAGACUGGGUGUCCUCGGAGAAGACACCUUUGCCCAGACCUCGGUGGCGAGCCAUCCGCGCGCUCAGACAAAGGGAGAUUGGAAGCAGCCGGCGCUUCAUUUACGACGCCUGCGGGGCACGCGGGUUCGUCCAGAGGUUCCGGCUCUUACACGGCCUGGAUGGGCACCUCGGCUGCGUUAACACCUUGCAUUUCAACCAGAGGGGCACUUGGUUGGCAAGCGGCAGCGAUGACCUCAAGGUGGUCGUUUGGGACUGGGUGAGGAAAAAGCCCGUUCUAGAGUUUGAGAGCGGCCACAAAAGCAACGUGUUUCAGGCAAAAUUCCUGCCCAACAGCGGGGACUCCACGAUUGCCAUGUGUGCCCGCGACGGGCAGGUACGUGUUGCUGAGCUCUCUGCCACCCAAUGCUGCAAGAAUACAAAGAGGGUGGCGCAACACAAAGGAGCCUCUCACAAGCUCGCCCUAGAACCCGACUCCCAGUGUACUUUCCUGUCCGCCGGUGAGGACGCUGUAGUGUUCACCAUCGACCUUCGGCAAGACCGACCUGCGUCGAGACUAGUUGUCACCAAGGAGAAGGACAAAAAGAUUGGACUGUACACGAUAUAUGUCAAUCCGGCGAACACGUACCAGUUUGCAGUGGGCGGCCGCGACCAGUUUGUCAGGAUCUAUGACCAGCGGAGAAUCAAUGAGAAUGAGAAUAAUGGAGUAUUGAAGAAGUUCUGCCCUCAUCACUUGGUAACAAGCGAGGCAAAAGCCAAUAUCACGUGUCUUGUGUACAGCCAUGAUGGCACAGAACUUCUCGCCAGCUACAAUGACGAAGACAUCUAUUUGUUCAAUUCCUCUCACAGUGACGGGGCUCAGUAUGUAAAGCGAUACAAAGGACAUCGAAAUAAUGCUACAGUAAAAGGCGUCAACUUCUAUGGGCCGAAGAGUGAGUUUGUGGUCAGCGGCAGCGACUGUGGUCACAUCUUCCUGUGGGAGAAGUCGUCCUGUCAAAUCGUACAGUUCAUGGAUGGCGAUAAAGGCGGCGUGGUGAACUGCUUGGAGCCGCACCCCCACCUGCCUGUCCUAGCGACCAGCGGUCUCGAUUACGAUGUCAAAAUCUGGCUUCCCACCGCCAAGGAACCGACAGAGCUUCACGGGCUGAAGGAGGUUAUCAAGAAAAACAAACGUGAAAGAGACGAGGACAGCCUACACCACGCCGACCUGUUCGACAACCACAUGUUAUGGUUUCUGAUGCACCAUCUACGGCAGAGGGGGCACCGCAGGAGGAGAAGACCAGACCGCUCACUCAAUUCCCUGGCGAUGAACGACUGUAGAUUAGGAUCCCCUAGCACCUCCGACAGCUCCGACGACGACGAAGAAGGCCCUGACCGAGUACAGUGCAUCCCAUCAUGA